AGCCGAGUCCGGGUCCGGAGGGGGCCGAGCUCAGCCGAGUGGCUCCGAGCGGAGCCGAGUGGUUCCGAGUGGAGCCGAACGGCACCGUGAGGCGCCCGAGCGGAGCCGAGUCGCCGAGUCUUGAGGGGCCGAGCUCAGCCGAGUGGCUCCGAGCGGUGCCGAACGGGAUCGCGGGGGGGCCGAGCGGAGCCGAGUGGUUCCGAGCUCAGCCGAGCGGUGCCGAACGUGAUCGCGAGGGGCCGAGCGGAGCCGGGCCGGAGGCGCUGCCGCGGGGAUGCCGAGCGCCGCCAGCCGCGGGCAGGGCCAGGAUCGCCGCGCCGACACCGAGGAGCCGCCGGCGGGCGAUGAUUAUGCGAAGGAAAGAUAUGGAGUAUCUUCAAUGAUACAAUCCCAAGACAAACCAGAUAGAGUUUUGAUUCGAAUAAAAGACCUGACAGCGGAGAAGGCCGAUGAAGUGGUUUGGGUUCGUGGCAGAAUUCAUACAAGCAGAGCUAAAGGGAAGCAGUGUUUCUUAGUCCUGCGUCAGCAGCAGUUUAAUAUCCAGGCUCUUGUGGCUGUGGGACAGCAUGCAAGCAAGCAGAUGGUAAAGUUUGCUGCCAACAUCAACAAAGAGAGCAUUGUGGAUGUAGAAGGUGUUGUGAGAAAAGCACAUCAGAAAAUUGGAGGCUGCACUCAGCAAGAUGUUGAGCUUCACGUUCAAAGGAUCUAUGUGAUCAGUUUAGCUGAACCUCGACUGCCCUUACAGCUGGAUGAUGCUGUUCGCCCAGAAGUGGAAGGAGAGGAGGAUGGAAGAGCUACUGUAAACCAAGAUACAAGACUGGACAACAGAGUCAUUGAUCUGAGGACCUCCACGAGUCAGGCAGUCUUCUGCCUUCAGUCUGGUAUUUGUCAGCUUUUCCGAGAAACUCUUAUUCGCAAGGGAUUUGUGGAAAUUCAGACUCCCAAAAUCAUCUCAGCUGCCAGUGAAGGAGGAGCCAAUGUGUUUACUGUGUCAUACUUCAAAAGCAGUGCCUACCUGGCUCAGUCCCCACAGCUGUACAAGCAGAUGUGUAUAUGUGCUGACUUUGAGAAGGUUUUCUGCGUUGGGCCAGUAUUUAGAGCUGAGGACUCCAAUACACACAGACACCUGACGGAGUUUGUUGGUCUGGAUAUCGAAAUGGCUUUUAACUACCACUAUCAUGAAGUGGUAGACGAGAUUGCAGAUACCUUGGUGCAGAUAUUCAAGGGACUUCAGGAAAGAUUCCAAACUGAAAUUCAGACAGUGAACAAACAGUUCCCAUGUGAACCUUUUAAGUUUUUGGAGCCAACUCUGAGGCUGGAGUACCGUGAAGCUGUGGCCAUGCUCAGGGAGGCUGGUGUUGAGAUGGGUGAUGAAGAAGAUCUGAGCACACCUAAUGAGAAGCUCCUGGGGCGCCUGGUAAAGGAAAAGUAUGACACCGACUUCUAUAUUCUUGACAAAUAUCCUCUUGCUGUGAGGCCUUUUUAUACAAUGCCAGACCCAGUAAACCCUAAAUAUUCCAACUCUUACGAUAUGUUCAUGAGAGGGGAAGAGAUCUUGUCUGGAGCUCAGAGAAUUCAUGAUCCCCAGCUGCUGACAGAAAGGGCCCAGCAUCACGGCAUCGAUUUGGAGAAAAUAAAGGCUUAUAUUGAUUCCUUUCGGUUUGGUGCUCCUCCACAUGCAGGUGGUGGAAUAGGGCUGGAAAGAGUAACUAUGCUCUACCUCGGGCUGCAUAACGUCCGUCAAACCUCCAUGUUCCCCCGCGAUCCCAAACGACUGACACCCUAACACGAGCGGCAUCGGAAAGGUUAAGAUUCGCCCUGAAAAUACGAUACGAUGGCAAGUGCAUCGCCUGCUACUGAUGAACCUGUAUUGAUUUGAGCAUUAGAACAUGCAAUAAAAAGAACGUCUCAUAUCCUGAAGUGCCACAAUAUUUUUUUUUAUCCUUAGCUGUUUAUUUAAAAGAAAAUGUUUUAACAGAUCAAGACUCUUUGUAUUGGCAACUGUGCACAUUUUUAAUGAAACUGUGACGCUUUGAGUUAGUUUUCUAGUGUCACAUUAAAUUGUAUCAUUUUUCUAAGCAUUUUAAUAAAUUAUACAAUAAAAAUUCUGCAUUUUUAACUUAAGUCAGCAAGAUUGAAUAUUCUGAAGUACAGAACUGGCUCAAAGCUAAAAUAACUGGAUGCUUGCAAUGUGAAAAUCAGGAGGAAACGAGCCAAUUGAUAAUUUACAUGAGUGUCAGAAGCAGGUGAGAAGAACAGCAUUCUUAACAAAGCCUUCAAAUGAAAUUGUGAAAAUAGAUUGCAAUAAACCUCUCAAAGUAAAUGAGAUGCAA